AUGGCAUCUAUUAUCAACAAUUCUUCUCCAGAAGAACUUCCAGCGGACGUUAAUUACCCUAUUCUCCCUCUCCUUCCUUCCGAUACUCUUCCAUGGAACACUGAUUGUCCCAUAGAAGCGAAUCCAAUCAAAACCGCCGCCAACCCAGUUCCUGGUUAUGAAUUCGGUAGAUAUCAAAUACUGGGAGCUGACCGACAGAUGUGGAUUGCAGAUCCGAACGCACCUAAGUGUCCAGUAAAGCCCUCCUCGCUUGACAUCAUGGCAAUGCUUACUGAAUUCACACCGGGACAACCAAGCUGGUUCAUUGAGACUGAUAGGAUGUAUGACCCUCCAUUUAGGAUUCUCGUCGACCUAGAGCGAAUGAAGCUCCCGGCUACUGGGCAUUACCACCAAUUCACAAUUUGCAAAGAAAGCAUUAACAAAGCCAGCCGACCUGUGCCUAACCACCAUGACCUGUUCACAGGACCGGGUGUUCUGAUUGUUGCACUUAUGUAUAGAGCUGACGGACCCAUGUGGUCCGAUAUUGCUAUUGCACAAUAUAAAUCCUGGUUUCCAAUUGAUACUCUGCGACAUAUCUAUAUUGACAACUGCACCAAUGUCGAGACGGACCCCUUGGUCACCAUGCUUAUGGGUGGCUCCAGGGACGAAUGGUACGGAAUCUCACCUGCACAGUCAAAGAUUCAGGUUCCUACUGUCUUUGAGUAUGGUACACCCGCUUACCAGGCUGUUCUAGGAUCUGCAACUGGUAAAGCUGUUGCAGCCUUCGUUUUAGGGGCUUUCCCAAGAGGUAUGUGGCGUAUUUCUCAGAUUGCUUGCUGGUACUACUGGGGUGCGAACAUCCGAUUUGAUAUUGAGCCCGUGUCUGAACCCUCUGCUUUGUCUGUAUAUUGA